GUCUAGCCAAAAUACAUCAAAGGUGAAGUAAAGUAUUAUCGCACCAUUUCUUCCUCCGUCCCAUCAUGAAUCCUCGGUAUGAUAAGAAACCGUGACGGAACACUGUAGGCAGCUUCGAUUUACGAAUAAAGAACAAAGCAAACCAGCAGCAGAAAGAGUACAAACGGCCACCAUACAUACAUACAUGUUGUCGCUCCUGGACUUUUUGUUAACCAUCGCAAGAACUACAAGAGACGGCAUAGAAAAUUUUGGCCAAGUCGGAAGAAAGGCAGAGGAACAAAACGACAAAAAUAUGGCGUCCCAUGAUCGGGUUGUGGAUGCAAAGGAAAAAAUCGUGCACAGUGAUGGUGAGACCGACGAAGCGAAGAAGCUGAGGCAUACGAUUGUGGAAUUGAAAGACAAGGUCGCAGAAUUUCAGGAUCAAUUGGUGGAACUCAAGGACAUUGUGUUGCACCAGACCCAGUGCGCCAAACAAAGGAACGCGCGUACGACGCAAACCGUGGCAGUUCGUGCCAACAAAGACGUGGAAGUCGGGGGUUCGAACGAAGGCACCAAGACGUUCGAGGCGAGGAUUACCGAAGCUUUCGCCGAUCAUUACGUCAAGGAGGUUGCGAAACAAGAUGAGAAGCUCGCCGGAUUGAUCAAAUCACGGGAGGAUGCCGAUGACCUCGCACGGCAACAGAGGGAGAACAGGAAUUCGAACGAUACUACUUACGGCAUUAUAACGCAAUUGAUCGUUCAACUCUCGCACGACAUCGAGAAAAAAGAAAUCGAAAUCGCUGGAUUGGUGAAGAAACGAGACAAGGCCGUUAUUUGGGCUCGGCAACCAAAGAACAACAUGGCUUCUACUUCUGCUGCGGAGUUCGUAUGGAAGGUAAUGAGUGACAUCGAGGGGUCGGCUGAAACGGGAGACGAGGCUUUGGCUUUGGCUCGGCAACAAGAUGUGACACGGGCAACCCCUGUGAACUCCGAGCAAGUGCCUCGAUCGAUGCAAUACCGGCAAGAAGAUGCGACGACUUUAGUCUCGAUCGACACAGACCAAGGACCUCGUGCGAACCAGACCCGGCAUCGAGAGCCAUCAGCAGCAAUCCCCAUUGGCGCCAAACAAUCGCCUCGAAGGAAACGGACCCGGCAACAAGAUGCAUCGGCUACCAACACCAAACACUCACCUCAAACGAAUCGGAUCCAAAAACAAGAGGCAUCAUUAGCUAUCUCUGAAAACACCAAAAGGCAAUCGCUUCGAACCAAACAAAGCUGGCAAUCAGAUUCGACACCGGCAACCCCGGUGGAUGCCAAGCAAGUGCCUCAGAUGAAGCGUUCCCGGCAACAAUAUGCGACACCGGCAACCCUGGCCAGCGCGAAUGGAGUUCCUCGAACGAAGCGGACCAGGAAACAAGAGGCACCGCCACCCACGACUCCAGCCGACGUUGAGCCGGUGCCCAGAACGAUCUGGACCGGAGCACAGGCGUCUCAAACGAUCUGGACCCGGCCACGAGAGAAACCACCGCCCGCAACCCCUUUCGAUGCCGAGAAACCGAGGGGAAGGAACCUUGCCGCCGACGGCGCCGGGAGGAAGAGCACCGGGAGGCACCCCGCGAAGUUUCGGGAAGCCACCRGGACGUGGACGGCCGCCCGGUACGCCUUCUCGUUGCUCGGCGACACCUUUAAGAACGGGGACAACCCCGAAACGACCCUGCUUCUCGGAGACGUGGGAGACAUCGGGAAGGUGCUGGCCGUUGCGGCGCGACGGUUCGAUCUCGCGGAGGGUGUUCUCGGGCUGAACACGCAGACGAGCCACGAACGGCUCUACUACAGAUCGCCCCUCGGCGGCCCGGAAGAACUCCAGCGGUUCGACGGGUCCCUGGGCGGCUUUCUGAGAGACGCCCGGAGGGUCCUGGCGGCCUUUCGGAGGGAACUGGGAUUGGUCCUCGGGGACAACCGGUGGGGGGGAGGGGUGGAACUCCUGGUGCCCCCACAGCGAUUUUUGAACCACAUGAACCUGGCCAUGGGAUCCAGCAAGUUCGCGGAGGGGUUCCUGGUGGAGUGUCGGUCCGCCAUGACGAAACACGAGAGGAAACGUUCCAGACAGGGUUCCGAGCAGGAUUCCGAACAGGAUUCCAUCUGUCGGGUCUACGACGUGUGACCGACCGAUUCAUUGUUCGUUCGGAAAAAGGUUGGGUGGGUGGGUGGGGCACGGCUCUUGCGGCAGGGGCCGCCGGCCGGACCGGCGAACGACCCAUCCGGUGCGACUCUUGGCGUCUGCCGCAAAAAAAAAAGCGGCACUCG